GCAAAAGUUAAUUUGAAAUAUCUUCGAGACACUAUGGAAGUUAUUUUAAGAUGGGAGUAGUCAUCGCAGCCAUUUCUUUCUGCCUGGGAGUGUCAGACAGCCCGAGUUCUUGUUUGCGCGACCAUGGCAACUACACGAGGACUGCAACUUAAUCAAGCUGAGCUGGUGUCUCCUGUUGUCCUCAUUACUGGUGCCACUUCUGGUCUUGGAAGAGCAAUCGCAGAAGCAUACGCUGCUGCAGGUGCGUUCGUCGUUGCGGCGGAUCUGACGCCGCAUCCUCUAGUCGCCCCAAUUUUCACAGAAGCAAUGAAACAACCAGGCUUAGACAUAAGCACUCCGACUGUCGAUCUCCUCAACCAAACGCAACCUCGAGCCAUGUUUGUUCACUGCGAUGUCACUGACUCUGCGUCUGUGCGUGAAGCCGUGGUGUCCACAGUUCGACGAUACGGCCGUCUCGACAUCAUGGUCAACAAUGCCGGCAUAUCCGCCGUGACCAAAUCGGCUUCCUUCCAGGAUGGGGGACGUUGCAGGUCGCAUGAAGUCGAGGAUGAAGUCUUCGACAAGGACAUGGCGGUCAACGCUCGCGGUGUGUGGGUUGGUGUCAAAUAUGCCGCAGCACAAUACCUGGAGCAAUCGCCACGUGCCUCUGGCGACCGAGGCUGGAUUAUCAAUAUCUGUACCGCCAUGGGCUUGGUGGCUUCCGCCGCCACGGCUUCAUAUUGUGCGUCAAAAGGCGCGGUCUUGCAGUUGACAAAAGCCACCGCCUUGGACCAUGCCAAUGACAGGAUUCACAUCAUUUGUAUCGACCCUGGGUAUAUAGAUACGGCAAUGCUGGAGCCGAUGGAGGCGAAAGCGGCGGAGGUCAGAAUACGAGGGUUGCAUCCGUGGGGACGGAUGGCGCUGCCAGAGGAUGUUGCAGGUAUGGCUGUCUUUCUGACAGGACCAGGAACGUCAUUUGUUGUCGAUGGCGGGUAUACAACACAGUAG